GUGUUGUGCUAUAAAUAUUCCAAAAUGUUAUACCAGUUUAUCAUAAUAUCUUUAAUAGCAUCAUGUUAUGGAAAUAUCAUACGAGUACAAUUACAUAAAGUUAAAAGUGUUCGUACCCAAUUGCAAGAACUUGGAAAGAAAAUAGAGCAGUUACCAUUUAGGUAUGAUCCUGAAAGUAUUCCUGAGCCAUUAUCAAAUUACCUAGAUGCUCAGUAUUAUGGACGUAUUACCAUUGGUAAUCCUCCGCAAGCAUUCAAUGUUAAUUUUGACACAGGAUCGUCAGACCUAUGGAUUCCGUCCCAACAGUGCCAAGUCGCAAAUGUCGCUUGUUUAGUGCAUAAUAAAUAUGACAGCUCAAAAUCUUCCACAUACAUUAAAAACGGUACCAAUUGUGCUAUUGAAUAUGAAUCUGGAAGUGUUACUGGAUUUUUAUCUACUGACACAGUCAAUAUAGGUGGAUUAGAUAUUGUAAAUCAAACGUUUACUGAAGCUACGGUUGAACCAGGAUUAGCUUUUGUUACCGCAAAAUUUGACGGUAUCCUCGGAUUGGGAUACAGUUCACUUUCUAUCGAUGGUGUAGUUCCAGUGUUUUAUAAUAUGUUUCAACAAGGAUUGAUUGAAAACCCGAUUUUUUCUUUUUAUCUCAACCGCGAUCCUACCGCUUCAAUUGCCGGCGAAAUUUUACUGGGUGGAUCUGAUCCAGACCAUUACAGUGGCGAAUUUACAUAUUUGCCUGUGACCAAAACAGAUUUUUGGCAAUUUAAAAUGGAUUUGGUUAAAGUUGGAAAUCAGUCAUUUUGUGUUGGUGGAUGUGAGGCCAUUGCAGAUACUGGCACGAGACUUUUUGUUGGACCUAAGGAAGACAUGCAAUUAUUAAAUAACUUUAUAGGCGCUACCCCAAUAAUGGGAGGUGAAUAUAUGAUCGAUUGUCGCAAUAUGACAAAAUUACCAGUAAUUGAAUUCAUUUUAAAUGGAAAAAGUUUCAAAUUAGAAAAAACUGAUUAUAUUAUACGAGAAAUUCGCAAUCAAAAAGUGAUUUGUUUGUCAGGAUUUAUGGGUGUAGACUUACCUUCUGAAAAUGGGCUCUUAUGGAUUCUCGGUGAUAUUUUUAUUGGCAAAUUUUAUACAACAUUUGAUAUGGGACGUAAUCGGCUAGGUUUUGCUCUAGCUAAAUGA